CCCUGGCCCGGCACAGACUUGCACACUCUCCGUAGCCACUCACUCCUCUCUUCCCUCUCUCCCACAUUCUCCAACCCAAGGAGGCCAGACAGAAGGACGUGGUCACUCUGAACGGCUCAGCCCAGGAGACGCAAUGCAGUGGGCCUGCAUCCUGCUGUUGGCCGGGCUCUGCUCGCUUUCCCAGGGCCAGUACGAUGAAGACUCUCACUGGUGGAUCCAAUACCUCCGAAACCAGCAGUCCACCUACUACGACCCCUACGACCCUUACCCCUACGAGCCCUCCGAGCCUUACCCCUACGGAGUAGAGGAAGGCCCAGCCUAUGCCUACGGCGCGCCACCUCCACCAGAGCCCCGUGACUGUCCCCAAGAAUGCGACUGUCCCCCCAACUUCCCCACAGCCAUGUACUGUGACAACCGCAACCUCAAGUACCUGCCCUUCGUGCCCUCCCGCAUGAAGUACGUCUACUUCCAAAACAACCAGAUCUCUGCCAUCCAGGAAGGCGUCUUUGACAACGCCACUGGGCUCCUCUGGAUCGCUCUGCAUGGCAACCAGAUUACCAGUGACAAGGUAGGCAGGAAGGUCUUCUCCAAGCUGAGGCACUUGGAGAGGCUGUACCUGGAUCACAACAACCUGACCCGGAUGCCCGGCCCGCUGCCUCGAUCCCUCAGAGAGCUCCACCUGGAUCACAACCAGAUCUCGCGGGUCCCCAACAAUGCUCUGGAGGGCCUGGAGAACCUCACAGCCUUGUAUCUCCACCACAACGAGAUCCAGGAAGUCGGAAGCUCCAUGAGGGGCCUCCGGUCCCUGAUCCUACUAGACCUGAGUUACAACCACCUUCGAAGGGUACCUGACGGCCUGCCCUCGGCCCUGGAGCAGCUGUACCUAGAACACAACAAUGUCUACACCGUCCCCGACAGCUACUUCCGGGGGUCACCCAAGCUGCUGUAUGUCCGGCUGUCUCACAACAGUCUCACUAACAACGGCCUCUCUACCAACACCUUCAAUUCCAGCAGCCUCCUCGAGCUAGACUUGUCCUACAACCAGCUGCAGAAGAUCCCGCCUGUCAACACCAACCUGGAGAACCUUUACCUCCAGGGCAACAGGAUCAACGAGUUCUCCAUCAGCAGCUUCUGCACGGUGGUGGACGUCAUGAACUUCUCCAAGCUGCAGGUCCUACGCCUGGAUGGGAACGAGAUCAAGCGGAGCGCCAUGCCGGUGGACGCGCCACUCUGCCUGCGCCUCGCCAGCCUCAUCGAGAUCUGAGGGGCCUCGCCUUGGGCUCCGGGCUCCGGGCUCCAGGCUCCGGGCUCCGGGCACUGGGGUCCCAGCACACACCCUGCCACCCCGCUGCAUUUGGCUUGAAGGUCUGGUUUGGCUUUUGCUGGAUGGUCUGGGACAAGCACAUGAUAGAAGUCCACAGAAUCUUAUUCAGUCUCCUUCCGAUAGGUAAAGUUAGGUGGGAUCAGGGGCCAGGCCAGUUUCUGCAGGGAACGAACAUGGUGGUAAAAGAAACAGCCAUAGAGUCUAGCCCCCAAAUCUUACGGUCCCUCAACCUCCCCCAUGACCUUGCUUAAGACAGUAGCAUGUAACCAGUUCCAGACAACAGCAUGGCCAGCUGCUCUGGGCUCCUACUUACUACUCCUCAAAACAUCCAAACCUCUUGGCCAGCCACCUCCUCCCGGCCCAGCUCACCCGCUCUGCCCUCUUUCACUGAGGCCUCUUCUAAUGUCUCUGCAGACACAGAGGCUGGUGCAUAGCUGUUCAACAACCUGUGGAGAAAGGCCACACUACUCUCUGAGGUUAAAAGGAUGUCUAAAAUCACCACACAUACAUAUACACACACACACACACACACACACACACAAAUUACCUGUUUAAAGUCACCAUACUGAACAGCAUAAUAAUGGUAGUUAUGACUCGAAGGCAGAGGGGAUAACCAGCUCUAUAAUGGCGAAUCUAUCAGAGGAGGGAAGAAUUGAGUGAUCAUUAUCAGGAUCCAUAGGAAGAUGAGGAAGGGUCACACCUCAGAAUAGCAGAACUGAAGGGGCAGCGCCCCCUCUCUGGCUUCAUUUGACCCAACAUGAUCUGUACCCCUUCUUGGGCUUCUAGUAUGGAAGGGGCAAGUGUGGUUUCCAAAACAUGAGAGAGAGCCUCUGCCAAUCCUUUGAUCCAAGUGUGAAGGUUUGUUACCCAGAGGGCAGAGGCAGACUCCACCAGCUGAGGACCUUUCCGCUAACCCAGACUAGGGGGUGAUCAAUAACUCGUUUGUCCAUAAUGCUAGAGAUGCUCAGUGGGUCAAGAAGCCCUGGCCAGGCCCAAGUCUUGCCUGCACUAGACCUGGCUUUCUCAGCUUUCACACCGUGGAGCCAUGCCUUAUGCCCAAUGGUGCCUGUGAUUCGUAGCUUGUCUGAGAGCAACCCCCUCUUCUUUUUGAAGGUGAUAUUGCCUAGGUACAACCAACAGCUUCUUCUAGACUCCGCUGGGAUAGAGCCACCUGGGUGGCCAGCGGCAAGAAUCAGUUGUGAGUUGUUAGCCUGAGGUGGGUCCCUGCCCAGAUGCCUUAGACCCCUGACUGCGUGCACUUAGAGAGUAAGCGUCUCUGAAAGGGACGGGGCGGGGCGGGGUGCUUAGACUGUGCCAUGGGUUCCAGAACCUGAAAUCCACAAAAGCCAAACCAGCUUGUUUCAACCAGAGAGCAGCACGUGCAGAGCUAGGCUGCCCUGCCCAGGGCUCCGGGGAAGCACCUGCAUGCGGACGCCAUCAUGCCUCUAUAAAGGGUCCUCAGCACGAAGCAAGCAUGAAUGGUGGCUAACCUGACCAAUAAAGUUAUUUUAUAAGUGCAUCUGAA